AAGCCAGGAUGUGGUUGGGGGGUGUGGUGUGCACGAAUGCCUCUUCCGACGACCCCGAAGAACUGUGGGCUUCCCUGGGCUGCGAGGAGGACUGCAGAGCCGAGGGCGGGAGCCCUUUUUCCGCGGAGCUGCCUCGCCCCCCCCCCCGCCCCGUGACCUUGACAAGAAGCGGAGGUCUCGGGAAGCCGAGGCGGCCUUUUUGCGCGAGGGGAGACGAGAGCGGCCGAGGAGGGCAGCCGCUCUGAAGUGCAAGGAAGCCUGUUCGGGCAGCCAGCGAGGGAGGCGUCCUCCGUCCGCCUCAGGAGCCCUGCGUCUCCUUCCCUCGCCUCGCCACGCCGCCCUCUCCCGCCUCCCUGUCAGGAUUUUGUUCCGUGAGGGUAGCGAAGGCGCCUCUUCUUCUUCUUCCCGCCCUCCCGAGUCGCAGCGCAGAGGAGGCCGGCCGGCCCUGCCCCCUUAGCAGGCGGGCGGGCGGGCGGGGGUGGCUGGCUGGCAAGGCGGGCGGGCGGGCGGAGGAGGCUUCGCCGCAGCGGAGAGCCGAGAGGCGGUUCCAGGCGGUGGGAGCAGCAGCAGCGGCGGCGCAGAUGGCUCCUGCGGGCGGCGGCGGAGGCUCGACGGCGGGGAAGAUGGCGCCGUCGCACGUCCUCAAGUGCUGCCAGAAGGUGCUGGCGUGGGUGCCCGUGGUCUUCAUCGCCCUGGUCGUGGCCUGGUCCUACUACGCCUACGUGGUGGAGUUGUGCUUGUUUACAAUAACCUCAACUGGCGAAAAAGUUGUCUACCUUGUGGUUUUCCAUCUGUCGUUUGUCAUGUUUGUGUGGUCCUAUUGGAAGACUAUUUUUACAUCUCCUGCCUCUCCUUCUAAUGAGUUCUGUUUGUCCAAAUCAGAUAAGGAACAAUAUGAAAAAGAAGAGAGACCAGAAUCCCAGCAAGAAAUCCUCAGAAGAGCUGCUAAAGACCUCCCAGUCUAUACUACAACAACCUCAAGAGCCAUAAGAUACUGCGAUAGAUGCCAGCUCAUCAAGCCUGAUCGAUGCCACCACUGUUCUGCCUGUGACCUGUGUGUACUGAAAAUGGACCAUCAUUGUCCUUGGGUGAAUAACUGCGUGGGAUUUUCAAACUACAAGUUUUUCCUCCUGUUUUUAUUUUAUUCCCUCCUGUAUUGUCUUUUUGUUGCCUCUACAGUGCUGCAAUAUUUCAUAAAGUUUUGGACGCUUUGCCGCAGGAAAUCUGCUGAGAAUUGUCCAAAGAAUGAACUGCUGGACACACGUGCAAAAUUCCAUGUUCUCUUCCUUUUCUUUGUGGCUGCCAUGUUCUUCAUCAGUAUACUGUCACUUUUCAGCUAUCAUUGCUGGCUGGUUGGCAAAAACAGGUCAACAAUAGAAGCUUUCAGGGCACCUAUGUUUCGAAAUGGACCUGACAAAAAUGGCUUCUCUCUCGGAUGCAGUAAAAACUUGAGAGAGGUUUUUGGAGAUGAGAAGAAGUACUGGUUGCUACCAAUUUUUACAAGUUUAGGGGAUGGCUGUAACUUUCCAACACGCUUGGUGAUUAUGGAUCCAGAGCAGCUUACUGUCUCAAGCCAAAAUGAUCCUGCUAAAAGCUCGGGUCCCAGUCAACCAUUUCCUGUUAGGCCACUAAGCGAGUCCCAAAAUCGAUUGCUGGCCAGUGAAAACCAGUGGGUGGAAACCAAUUCAGAAGAUGAAAAUGUUAAAUCAGGUGUAAAAAAGCAUAUUAUAGUUUCAUUGGAGAGCUGAUCUUGGCUUCAGUGUCCAUCCCUCUCUGGAGAGGAAAAGAUGGUUUCUACACUACAUUUGUGCUUGGAUAUUACUUAAUUUUGUAUGGAAGACACUGAUAUAUCAAUGGAACAGUGCCAGCAUGUUAGCAGGAUAUGAAAAAACGAAAUCCUUGACGGUAUCCAGUGGAUGCUUAUGAGCACUGUUGCAUAGCAGAAAGUUUGAUGCCUUAAGAUUCUUGAUGUGCAUUUUUGCAACAUGGACGUAAGCCACUACAAGGGCCAAAUCCUGAAAUACCCUGGAAGGAUAUGAGCGUAUGCAAGACUCUUAGAAGUGCAGAAACUAUGCAUUUUGGCUGCACCGCGGUGGAGGAAACUAAUACUGCAAAGUUGGUGUGAGAAAUGCCAUGCCGGUGUCAUACGGGAGUUUCUUCCAUAGCAAGUCUAUGGAAGAAAGAUGGGGCAGGGGAGGAAAGAGUGAAACAAUCAUAGAGUACGGCCAUUGAAACUGCACAGUACGAUUAUGUGUCUCAAAGCACUAUCUGGUGGACUUGCAGCAUGAUGCAUUUUUGCUUUCUCCACUACCAUUAUCAGAUAACCAGUGGUAUUGGUAGGUGUUGCUAAACAGCCAACCCAAGACUCUGGCCUUUUAGUCCUCUCUGAUAUUGAAGUUCUCUUCCUACAGGCUUGCUUUGUUGCAAUACAACAUCAGACAAGCAAGGUUUUUCCAUUGAUUUUUUUUUUAUUUUUUCCAGAAAUAAGGGCCCACUGGCAACAUGGUACAUUAGUUAGGGAGAAUAAAGUUUCCUCGACUUUCUGUUUCUUUAAAGUGCCAAUAGUUUAAUUUCUAGAAUUUGUCAUAUUAAGCCAUAUCAACAAUAUAAUUUAGUAAAGUGAAUUCCUCUCCUUCCUUCCCCCCCGAGAUGUUUACCUGAAUGUUACUUUCAAAUCUUUUUGACUGAUAAUCCCAGCAUAAAGAUCCCAAUUGAUUUAUCCAUCUUCUUUCAGCCCAGCUCCAGAAAUCAUCCAUUUUUUUUAAAAGAGAAAAUAAACAAAUACGUACUGUACUUUAUGGGACUGGAUUUCACGGGGAUUUUUACUAGCAAAAUUCCUUGAGUAAGAUGUGGAAGAAUGCACCCAAGGGAGAAAGAGGGUUUGUUCUCUAGUUACCCCUACUUUGGCAUCUCUCCCUCCCACAGUCUCACUGACCCUGAAUCCAAGGCCUAUCCUUUUAAGACACAAACCUUUUUCUGAGCAAAUAUUUCUACAAACUACUGUGGGGGCUUAAUCUUUAUUAUCAGUUCACAAGGGGCAGCAAAGUACUCAAUGCUUGACUCAGAAGAAUCCUCAUCUCCAGCCACCCAGCUCUUUAACCUGAAUUCUGGCUUCUGAUACUCUUUAAGGAGGAGACCAUUGUAGCCACGAAGUUCCGUCUUGGCUCACUGUAUGGUGUCAGACUUCCCCAUCAUUCUACCUUGAUGUGUACCUUUUAAUUCCCUAUCAUAAAUUGUGUCCAAGCUGCUCAUAGUUCGUUAGCUCUAUAAAAAUAUUAAAUUCUUCCCAAACCCCUUUUAUAUAAAUUAUCCCAUGUAUGAUACAAGUGGAAAAACCGGGAUCCACUUUGCAAAUCUUAGGAAACAUGACGAUAGUUGGAUGGGGGGAAUUAUAUUGAAAAUAAAUUUUGUAGUUUGUAAAAUAGUUUAGGAUCUUCUUAGAUCAGCUUAGUUUACAAAAUGAAGGAAAAGCUAAAAUGGUUUGUGCUGUCUUUGUGACCAACCCAAACUCAAGAGCUGGAUCCUACACACUUCCUGUGCAAAAUGCAUAAAUCAAGCUCAGGGCUUUCUGUGCAACUGCUAACCUCACUCUCCAUACUCAAGGUAGUGGGAUUUCACCCCAACUCCUGUCCUGAAAUAGCAGUUGCCAUCAGUGCUUCAGAGCACAUGGGGGAAAUAAGCUUUAUGUGGCACAACAGCACCUUGCAUAUAGCUUCUCCAGGUCAGGUGGGGAUGAAUAGAGGCAGGUUUGUUUUUUUGUCUUCUUAUGUCCCAGCCAGCCCACAGAAUGGUCCCACAACUUCUUGCACUAGCUAGGCACUGUAGCAAAUGGACAGCCCCUUCAGUGUUGACGCAAGUGGGCAGAGGUGCCAUGCUCUGCCUUGCUUGUCCCAUUCAUCAUACAGUACCUGUGCUUUGACUCUCAACAGCUUCAGGAAAGGAUAGAAUGGAAUCAAGUAUAUAUUGGGAGCCAGGCCAUAAAUUUAUGGGUUGCGUUUACCAGUUAGGUCAACUAUAGCAGCACAUUUCUUGCAGUAUGUCAUAUAUGUAGAGUACGUAAAAUGGGUAACAGGGUUCUCUUUGUAGAGUGUACAUAGGAAUUAAGGCCCAUCUGCACUUAACGUGAAUCUUAGAAGUCCACACGUUGCUGUUAAUGCAUUCCCUUUUUUCACUAUUGGGGUAAUAAUUGUCAAUAUUUAAUACUUUAUUGAUUUGCAGUCCUUAAACCACUUUGAAAAGGUUCCAGAAGACUCUUCUUCAUGGUAUCCGUUGUUUAAUGUGUAAAGUAUCUUGACCAGUAUUGAGAAAUAAUACCAAAGAAUAUAGUUUGUAAACGGUUUAGUUUUAAUUCCAAUGCCUUAUGAAAGCAUUUUGCUAGUAAAUGACCUAGCAUCAGCAGGUCACAUUUAAGGAUCAAUGUAAUUUUUAAUGCUAGUAAAUACAGUUUGCAUUCCCUAGCAGACACAUUCCUGUUUCAAGAAGCUCCCCUGAGUUCUGAUUCUAGCACAAUCUGGCGUUGCUUGCUGGCCACUUUUAUGAGUUCAAUUUUAUGUUACAGAUUUGGGGUGAAGUUGUUUUUUAAAACAGCAGCACUUCUUUCAUUUACCAACCACUCUUUUUUUCUGGUAGAAUAAUGCCUUAACAAUUGGUAUCUACUACUAGAGUCAAUCAAGUUCCAAACAUCAUCUUUAUUUUUAAUAAGAUGCCAACCCUAAUACACAAUGUGACGUUAGCUCCUGGUUACUUAGCAAUACAUCUCUUGGAUCUGUGUUGGAAACUUAUGCUUUAACUCAGUCUUAAUAUCCAAUAUGUAUUCUCCAGAUCUUAACUUGAAUCUUGCAAGUGGUAGAAAGUGUCUGUCCACAUUUACAGAACAUUAAGUGAAGUUGAGUUGUAGAAGAUCAUCCAACAGGGAUAUGACUGACUCAUAACUUGGGUCAAGUUAGGACAGCAUCAGAACCUUUUUCUUGGUACCCAGAAAUUGUAAACACCAACAGAUGUACAAGUUACAUUAUGUUGCAGUUCCCAAGUAGUCCCAGAAUUCUGGGAUUCUACCAGGAAAAUUUUAUAUAAAGUGGUUUAAGGAAUGCAGAUUUUUCCUUCAUUCCUAAAUGCAUUCACCAGGAAGUCCUAUGGGUUUCUGCAGAGAUGACACAUAAAUACAUGGUUUAGAAUUGCAGACCAUAAUGCAAAACAGAGAACAUCUCUCCACUGUGUCUUCAUUUCUUCUGCCCUCGUGUGUAAAUUACAAGGCCAUAAGAGUGACAUCCUUAGUUUAUGUCUAGGGCUGCCACAACCUGUGUGUUUACCAGUGGGUAUGUCAAAUACAUUGUCCUAUAUUUAUGACAAAGGUGUAUGCAAGGAUUUUACUUAAAUAAAGGUAUAUCCACUGUAACUAAGUAAGCUUGCAAAUACUCAAAUUUAAAUUGGUAUGAGGUUAUUUAGAGGAUAUAUAAUGUGAAUAAUGCAUCUGUUUUUUAUGUUGCAGAUAGGAAUAUUCCUAUGCACAAAGAAAGCAUUGCCAUUAAUACUUUAAAGUGACUUUUUAAAUGGACUUUUAUAAAUAAAUUAAAUAUAAAAGAAUACAGAUCAUUUUGCCUGAAAUUUUCAUGUUUUUAUCUGCACCUUGUAAUAUUUUCAUGUGUAUUUUUCACCAAUAAUUUUAAAUCAUGUUGAGUAUUUUAUAUAUCAAAGUGCAGACUUCCAUUAAUAUCUUAAGCAUAGCUCCUUUUAAGGGGAAAAAGCAUAAUCUUAAACCCUUCUUUGCCAAAGUGAUGAUACAUUAAAAUGGAUUAUGACACACUGAAUGCAAAAGAAACUAAAUAAAUACGUUGAAAAAAUGA